AUGUAUAUACUUUUAGCCUUCGCAAACAAUAAGAACUUCGAGGAGGCGACUAAGCUCACUUCAUUUAUGGGCUUCGUCAUAGUCAGUGACAUAAAAGUUUUUAGCAUCUGGAGUCAACGUGCACGUAUUGGCGCCUUAAUGCGUGAUCUGUACGCGCUGUAUCCCAAAACUUUGGCCGAGCAGCAGUUGUACAAUGUGAAAGGUGAGCUGCAACGUUAUAAACGAUUUGCUUAUGCAUUUAUUUUGCUGCACGAAGUGUUAGUCUGGAGCUAUAAUCUCUUUCCGCUGCUCAACUAUCUCAUUAAUGACCUUUGGUUGGGGAUACGUGAAGUGAUCAUGGAGUUGCCCUAUUAUUGUUGGAUGCCAUUUGAUUGGCGUGGUAAUUGGCGCUUCUAUCCGAUGCUGAUCCAUCAAAUGGGUGCCGGGCAGGCGUCUUUCUCCGGGCAAUUGGCCAAUGAUUUGCUCCUGAGUGCUGUAGCUGUGCAACUAAUUAUGCACUACCGCCGACUGGCCAGGCAACUUGAAACGCAUGCAGCGGGUUUGGGAAGUGAUACCGAGAAGAAGCACAAGAAAAGUGCUUUGGCGUGCAGUGCGAGGGAUUUGCAGUUCCUGCGUGACAUUAUCGUCAAACAUCAGAUGGUUUUGAAACUCUCACAGGAGUUUAAUGAAAUUUUUGGCAUUUCAUUGUUCAUCAGUUUUACCUUCACCGUGCUGAUCAUCUGUUUUGUGCUCUUUCACAUCACCAUUGGCGCCAGCAUUGAUUCGUUACUGAUGUUGGUGUUCUUUUUCUUCUGUUCGUGGGUGCAAAUUUUUCUCAUCUGCUAUUAUGCACAGGGAGUUUUAGAGGCGAGUGAAAAUAUCAGCCAAGCUGUUUACAAUCACAAUUGGUAUGAUGCUGAUUUGCGUUAUAAAAAAAUUAUAUUACUAAUAAUGCAACGCGCCCAAAAACCAGCCAAGUUGCAAGCUACUUCCUUAGUUACUGUCACUAUGUCUACGAUGACGGGUAUGCUUCAAAUAAGUUAUAAGGGAUUUGCCGUUAUACGCACCAUGUAUGCACGUGAACCCAGAAAGGUUUAA